AUGGCGAUUUUUGGAACAUCCUUCUUCAGCUACAGUUCCAAAACUGAAAAAGAAAGUACCAAACCCCCUCGUCAUUCAAGUGGACUGCAUGCAUAUGCGAAAAUAGUUCUUGAAACACUCCAAGAAAAGGAAGAAAUCAGCACUGAUGAGAUAUUUGAUAUAGUAUGCAAGGAGCUUGAUAGAGUUGAGAUAUCCCAUAACAAGAAAAACGUCUAUAGACGACUAGGCGAUGUUCUCAAUAGUUUUAAUGCAAGUGGGAUGAUAUCAAGAAAUGGGAAGUUCGUCAAAUGGUUGGGCUACCCAAACUACGAACAAGAAGAAGAGGGAAAGAAGCUGAAGCUKGAGGAACGCAUCCGAGAAAAGACGAAUACCCUGGAAACACUGGCUAGCCAGUCAAUUUCCUUUAAGAGAUUGCUCAACAUAAAAAAGAAGGAGGUAAAGGAACAGCAACAAGGAAUUGUAAAUCUUCCCUUCAUUGUGAUCAGGACGGAUAAGAACACCAAAAURGAAUGCAAUGUUUCUUCUGAUGGGAUUGAAUACCUUUUUACAUUUGAUCGUCCAUUUGAAAUUCUUGAAAACAUGGAGGUUCUAAGGAAAAUGAACUUAUGCAAUAUGAAGAAUGGGGAAACUGAGGACAUGGCAUCUAUGAACAGACUAUUCACAUCGGUUGAAACUUGAGAAAAUUGGUAAUAUUUAGGAAAUUGGCAAACCAAUGUUUCACGAUAUUUACUUAGCAGGUUAAGUUAGAUUUCUUCUAUAAGUCUUUUCUUUUUAUGUUAAUGUUGGAAUACGCUYUAGAAUAAUUCCAUAAGUCGGUCCCAGUUCACGCACGGUUACAUUUUGUCGCUYAYUCUYCGACUUAUCGCACAAUCUAGAUUAUUUUGAUCCRCGUCGACACUUUAAGGUUACAUCCAAUCACGUUGCUMGUUAUAAUUCCCAAAACAUUUAAGCCAAUCAAAUCACUUUUAGACUACAKAAGGGCAAGGAAACAAAAUACAAUUGCUGAGCUUUUUUAGCUAAAUACUUGUAGUUGAAAAUGUAUUGCUUGUUGUACGGAGUUGCCUUGAAUCUUUAUUUGGUGAACCUGCUGACAGGAAUCUCCAAUCUGGCUAACUGUUUUAACAUCUAAUAGUGAGUUUGAAAAUGGAAUUACAGCUAACUUGUUAUCCGUUCAACUGAAUCCGCCAUGUGCAUGGUUUUCACCACUUCGAGAAUAUCUACAUUUUAUCACAUCAAACUGUAUGACUCCGUGAAAGUAAACAUGCGCUAUAUAAAACUGAUUUAAAAGGAAGUCCAGUACUGCCCUCCUUUCAAAUCGCUCCAGGACUACUCGCAGGAAAGAAGACUCCAGUACAACUUGCAUGCAGCUGUGCACAA